CCCUUUCCUACACUCCUACCUUUCUACCUCCUCUCUCUCUCUCUUCAUAUGAAUGCAAAAUUGAAGGACUGAGCUUUCUUUCCUUUUCUUGCAAAAUACACUGUUUCCCCAAAAUCUCUUAGCUUAACUGUAAGUAUAUCUCACUUAAUUACAUACUUCACCGGCCUUGAUCUCAGAACACUCUGAUCUCAUCUCAUUUUCUUUUUUCUUUUACCCCUAAGAUCUAUCAUCUUCUUCAUCUUUAACUUGUGAAUGUGAUAGAAUAUAUGGUAACAGAAACACUAAAACUACCGGAUUUUGAAACCCUAGCAGAGAAAUACCAAAUGGAUUUCAUUACACCGCAAGGAAUUAUGAAUCCGAGCUCCGGAAUCAUGGUUCCGAGCACCGAUUUAGUAUUUACCGGCAACGCGACGACAACGACGAUCCACGCACCAGCAGCUCCGCCGCGGCCGCCGCCUCUGAGUCGGUACGAGAACCAGAAGCGGCGGGACUGGAACACGUUCUGCCAGUACCUCCGCAACCACCGGCCUCCAGUUUCGCUUCUACUCUGUAGUGGUGCUCACGUGCUGGAGUUUCUCCGGUACCUGGACCAGUUCGGGAAGACUAAAGUCCACAACCAGAACUGUCCCUUCUUCGGCGUCCCUAACCCUCCGGCGCCGUGCCCCUGCCCGCUGAGGCAAGCGUGGGGCAGCCUGGACGCGCUCAUCGGCCGCCUCCGCGCCGCCUACGAAGAGCACGGCGGCAGGCCGGAGUUAAACCCGUUCGGCGCCCGCGCCGUGCGGCUGUUCCUCCGCGACGUUCGGGAUUUCCAGUCCAAGUCUAGAGGGAUUAGCUACGAGAAGAAACGGAAGCGGUCGACGACGGCGACGACGGUAACGACGUCGUCAAAGCACAAGGUGGUCGCCGUCACCCUUCAAGCUCCUCAUGCAAGUAAUGCUAUCUGA